AUGGCGGCCCAUAGGGAAGGCUUCCCCGCUGUAUCCAUUGGACGAAGCCAAGGCUCCGAAUUGUUGACAGCACAUCCUCUGCUUUCACCUUCAUCUCCCAAUCACUCAUCUGAUGCCCAUUCGAAGCAACGUAGCCCAAGCCCCAGCCGAAAUGGACCCCACUAUGUCCCCUAUACACCGAGGCAACGUGGUCCGCCUACAGGCCUCACAACGACGGGUAUGACAACGCACCCCUCGGUAGCUGCUCCGGCUCCCAAUCAGCAGGGUGGUGCGACAAGCAAGUUGCAGAUGGUCAACCUCAAAGCUGCGGCGCAAAAUGUCGGUCUAGAUGCCGGUAGUGUUGGUUGGGCGAUCCUGGAGAAACUUGUGAUAUCAGAAGGUGGAGAGUGGACUGAAAUUUGGAGUGCGCUGGCUGUCGGAAAGGCUACAUUAUUGCUGCCACUGGAGCCGAUUGCUCACAACGACAAGAUAACCACAGAAUUUGUAAAAGACCAUAUCAUUCUGUGUGAUGGACCUUCGCGCAAAAACGCUCAUAUUGUUACCUUGUCUGGUUUACGCGGCACACUUGACGGAAAUACGCUGACGCUUCGGUCCACCCUCCACCCGUCAUCCAAGGUCUUUCUGGACUUGCUUUCACCUGUAACUCGUCCAUCAGCGCUGGCGAAUAUUGCCCCACUUCCCCAUUUGCCCACCGCGACACCUUAUCCUGAAUUUGGUGUUCCAUCAUACACUUCAGGUCUCCCUCUCCCACCUAGAAUCCCCCCUCCACUUCCCCCACGGCCGAGCAUAUCGCGGGGAACACAGCUUUCUGCGAGUCCCCAAUCUCUUCCUUCCCGCCUGCCCAACCCGUUUGCAUCUCUUUUUGGUUCCCAUGGCGGCAAACACCCGCAGCAAUCUCUCCAGACCCAACAGCAGGCCUCGCCACCAGCAUCUCUUCACGAAGCAAUCCAUCCGGACCAACCGCUUGACGUUCCCGCCUUCACGAUAGCCCGCAGCAUAAUUCGUAGGGACAUUGCCAAAUCCAUUGAUCGUGCUCUUCGUGCUGAAUUGCACGCUUGUUGCGGUUCUCCACCUUGGGUUGCUGAACGGGUGGAUGCUUUUGUUGCGCCAUGGUACCCUUUUUCGCGUGUCAAGUCUGGAGGAAGCGAGAAAGGCACCCUCAGUUUUGUUGUUGGUGAUCCACUCGCAGGGAUGUUGCCUGACGAAAUUGGCGAAAUGGUACAGGGUUUCUAUGCCAAGUUAGAAGAUGACUUGAGAAUUGGAGGUGGCAGGCGGAAAGCUAGCGACACAAGUCAUGACGGGGAACUACAUGAAAAAGAUCAAGAAGAGAAAGAGAGCUGGAUACGCGAGGUGCUUGCUUCUGUGGAGCGAGCCAUUUGUGUUUUGUUUUUUGAUCGGGUGUUUGCGCCUGCGACAUCGGAUGAUCCGUCCCAUGACCAAGCACUUUCAAGUCGCGUCGCGGCUUUGAAUAUGCUCGAUCUCAAUCUAGAACAUCUGGGCGUUGAUGUUCCACCGGAGGCAAACGACGGUUUGGAAAACGUAGUUAAGGCUUGUGGUCAAGUCCUUUCAGGCUUAGAAUUACAUCAAAGCCCAUCAGAGAAAGCUUCCAUUAUGGUACAAGCACACCAGGAAGUUAUCAAUGGCCUGUCCCGGUUACCACGAGUCCGUUUACUCACGGAGGAAGAAGAACGGGCUCGAGCUUCUUCGAAAAAGCCGCCAACUACGAAUGGUGGCGAGCAACAACCUGAUAUUGUAGUUUCUCCGUCACAACUUUCCCCAUCUGCCGAGAUCUCUGCACAAUUGCCAAUUACGCCGCCCCCCUCCGAACCUGCUGUCGAUACAGUAAAUCCUAGUAUUUCUGAGCCGCCAGCCACAAUAGGAACACAACCAAUACCCUUAGAUGAACAUUUGCCGCGGCCAGAACUGGUUCCCCUGCCACCUUCUUACAUCGAGGAACCCUCAGCAUCAGUCGAAAAGCAAUCUCCUCCGCCAAACAUUCCCAUUCCGACCCCAGUUUCUUCUGAUGUCCUCCUGCCCCUUAUCAUCUUCGCGGUGGUCAAGUCGAAUCCUGCUCGUUUAGUAUCUCAUCUGCUUUACACUCAGCGAUUUCAUGUCACACCCUCUGGCAUAGCCCAAGGCGAAGAAGCUUUCUGUCUCGUGAACCUGAUGGCUGUCGCUGAAUUUUUGGAGAAUGUCGAUUUAGAGGCUUUGGGUCUAGGAAACGCAGGCAUAAGUGCGGCAGACCUUACGCCUAUCCCAAUUGCGCGCAACAGCCCCAAAGUACCGUCAAUCUCUCUUGCGGAGGAAGGUGCUGGUGUUCUUCGGCGUCAGGUCGACACGAUCGCUGGUAGUGCCGGCCGUAUGCUGACUGGUGUAACCGGUGUCGUAGACUCGUCGUUUGGAAUGCUGAAACAGCUUCUGCCUGGGCAGACUCCACCGCCUGUUACUCCCGCUCUUGAUAGCACAUCUGCUGCAGCCCCAUGGAAUCUACCUCAUGCUCGGCCUGGAUUUGGUUUACUGCGCCGCGAAACCGGGUUUUCCAUCGGUGGAAUCAACAUCGGGGGACGGUCAGAAGAGAAGAAGGGCGAAGAAGAAUUGAAAGAAGUUUCGCGACCGGCCAGUUUACAUGCAGGUGAAGCUGGGUCGGAUGUUGGCUCAGAGGAAGAGUCAAUAGAGGAGGAUGAGGAAGAUGGUCGGUAUGAUGGGGAAGCUGGGUCUCAGUACGACGCGCGCAGCAUUCGUAGCUUUGAGAGCAUGAUGAGUAGGGAGCGGAGGAAAAACCGGGCACCUCGUGGAUCUGGUCGAAAAAGUUUAACCGAUCGACUGGCUCAUGUGUCUGGCCUUGCAGGCUUGAAGUCUUUCAGGGCUCACCUCCCCCCUAGACGAGAGUCACUACUACCCAACCGCUUUGACACGCCCGUAUCAUCACGGCCAAGCUCGCCAGCAGUCCAUGGCGGUGGUUUGCGCAUCUCUCCACCAAACCAGCGCUUCAUGGAUUGCUCGCCUGACGAUUUACGGCUUUCCGAGGUUGCGGAACUGUUGAAAGAGUAUCGGAGGCUGGUAGACGGGAUCAGAGCUGUUGGCGGUUUCAUUGGUGAGGAAUAG